UAAAUACACCUCCAUUCUAUUCCAUUAUUGCAAACCAACAAAUUAUUCAAUCAAUAAAAAAAAACCCUAUUUUUCAACGUGAAUUGACCUAAAAUUAGACAACCAAUCUCGAGGGAGAAAGAGAAAGUGACCAAACUUAUUAUAAGAAGAUAAAAGGGGUUUAUGCUUAUGCUUGCUUCAAGUAAAGGACUACUCAUAUGCAUCAUCAUCAUCAUACAUAGAACAUCAUGAUGUAUAGGUGAUCGAUGAUUUGACUUUUGGGUAGUGGGCGUGGCAACCAUGGAUGCUUCAAGGACCUCCUCUGAAGCAGCUUUAACACUUGAAAACGACACCAUUGGCUCAAAAGUCUGCAAUUUUUUAGGCCUCAAACAAAAAUAUGGAAACCCAAAAGUUGUAUCCCUUGUUUCUUCAUGUCUUGAGAAAUGGGUUGAACAGAACGAGCAAACUACUAAAAAAGACAUUGAUAUUACAGUUUUCCAUGGCUCAAGAGCACCUACACUCACCAUUCAACAAUACAUGGAUCGCAUCUUUAAGUACUCUCGCUGCAGUCCUUCUUGCUUCAUUGUUGCACAUAUAUACAUCGAUAGAUUCAUCCAAUCUCAAAAUAUCAUUUUGACUUCUCUUAAUGUUCAUCGUCUUUUGAUCACAAGCAUAUUGGUAGCUACAAAGUUCGUUGAUGAAGCAUUUUUUAAUAAUGCGUAUUAUGCGAAAGUGGGAGGAGUGACAACAGCAGAAUUGAACAGACUGGAGAUGAAAUUUCUGUUUGGAAUUGAUUUUCGACUGUAUGUUGACAUUUCUACGUUUGGAAGGUAUUGUUCCGCGUUGAUGAAUGUGGCUCCAGGCGAGGAGGAGCUUCAGGUACAACGGCCAUUGCAUGUGAUCAACGGUGCAUGUGGAUUAAUCAAAGACAACUGGUCGAAGAACAGUAAUGACUCCAGUUAUCAUACCACUAUUGGAAUACAUAUCGAAUGAUUUUUUUUUUUUUUUUUUUUUUUUUUUUUUUUUUUUAAAUAUGUGAAACUAGAACACUUAUCGAACCAUUUAGAAAAUUGUUUGUAGCUGUUGUAUCGAAGAUGGUUUGAUCUAUUUAUCAACCAUUAUGUUAUAUAUUAUUGUUUAGUAAUAUAACUAAUAAUGAAUAUUAGUUGCCUUUCGGUUCAUAAAAGAUUUCAUCUUUGUUUCUCUGUGAUGUCAAAAAGAUUUUAGAGUUUGAUUUUCCAUAUUUCGUUACUGUUGUACUCUCCAAAAUUAGCCGCAACGAUGAUUGUUGCCUUUUAAGAGCAGAGUCUGACGAUUAAAUCACAUAUGAUAGUACAUAAACGAAGAUAGUUUCUCUAGACUAAAGCAAACCAUCUUGAUAAGUGUAUGUGAGAAGGAGAGUUGAGUAUGGAUGAAUAUGAUGUCCCUCCUAAUGGUG